CGGCGCCCACAUGGUCGACGAUCUAGCAUCCGUAACAGUAUCCAAUGCGCAACGAUUAGAGGACACGGUCUCUUAAUACAUAUUGUCGCGAAUCUCAUGCACGAACCCCCAAUUCAAGAGCCGAGCUCAAUUCAUCUGAUUGUUGGUGCUCUUACGAUUCUCGCAGAUGGCGUCUGUUGUAGCUCCAGGUGCCGACCAUCGACCCAUGCACGGCCAUGCCUGUAUUCGAUGUGCUGAACGCAAAGUCAAAUGCGACCGGCGGCAACCUUGCGAUGCCUGUACGAGGCACAACGCAGAUUGCAUCUUUCGUCCAUUACCUCCGCGGAAAAAAAGGAAGCAGCUUACGAAAGAAGAGAUACUCCUAAGACGAAUCAAAUUGUACGAAUUAACACUCGAGGACAAGGGCGUAGAUCCAAGAGAGUUGGACAAAUCUCCAGUAGUCAGAGCACCUAUGCAGAAAGAGGAUCAUGUCAGCACUUCGAUGAGCGAAGCACCCCAACUACCAAGUCCCAACUACACGUUUGGCCCGGAAGGAGCAAUCUCAAAACCACGACUGAUCCAUGGAAAGGGGCGUUCCAAGUUUCUCGAUAAUGGCCUGUGGACGAGAGUCAUAGAAGAGCUUCACGAAUCAGUGGACGCUCUGGGAGAUUCGUCGGACGAUACCAGCGACCAAGACGAGAUCACUGAAAAUGUUGCAGACGUUGUGCUUGGCUCAAUCAACACACCGAGAAGCCUGGACAACCUACACCCAUAUCCCGACCAAAUCCUGGCCUUGUGGCAGAUCUACCUGAGGAAUGUCAAUCCGGUCAUGAAACUUAUCCACGCGCCUACCAUUGACAAGGCCAUUCAGCAUACCGCAUCGCACUCUGAGAAGGUCUCCAAAAGUGUCGAAGCUCUGCUGUUUGCGAUAUAUAGUGUUGCGGUCAUGUCGAUGCAAGACAAAGACUGUGAACAACGAUUUGGCCAGCCCCGGAAGCCUCUUUUAUCACGUUAUGUACGGGCCACGAAACUGGCGCUCUCACGUGCUAACCUGAUGGGGACUUCCAAUAUUGUCGUACUUCAAGCAUUUCUUCUUCAUCUCGCCUCGGUCCGGGAUUCUUACGAUAGUCGGACUCUGUGGAAUAUGCUAGGUGUUGCCAUCCGCAUAGCGGAAGGGAUGGGGAUGCAUCGAGAUGGAAGCACACUAGGACUGCCACCUUUUGACAGCGAGAUCCGACGUCGCAUGUGGUGGGAAAUGAGUCUACUCGAUCAAAAGAGUGGGGAUCUGAGUGGACAUAGCAAGUUUGGCGCUUUUGAUGGUGACACUAAGUUACCCCAAUGCCCUGCCAACGUCGAUGACCACGAGCUGUUCCCGACUAUGAGGUCACCGCCAGAAGAAUCAAAAAAGGUCACAGACUCGCUCUACUGCGCAAUGAGGGCAGACCUGUUCGCGUAUUGGUCGAACUACGCAGUACGCAGAAGGAAAGAGGGCAUGUCGGGAAACAUGCUUGGCAACCAUGCAAAUGGAGAAGACCUCCAAGACAAAGACAAGGCGAUCGAAGACUUCGAGCAGAUGCUUGAGUCAAAGUAUGUACGAUACCUUGACCCAUCACAACCGCUACAAUUCCUGAGCAUGCUCGUGGCUCGAGCUGUUGUGAGCAAAGCCCGAUUUAUGGUUCACCACCCCAAAAGGUGGAACGGCACACAAAAUAUUCCUGUCCCUGAACGCGAGUACGUGUGGAGACUGUCCAUCAAGCUUCUGCAACAAUACAACAUGAUCCGAUUGAGUCCUUACUUGCAACGAUUUUCCUGGUAUACGGCAUACUACUUCCCAUGGCAGACUUUCAUCCACGUCCUUGAUACCAUGCGACUCAACCCGCUAAUGGCGGAGGCUCCCGAGGUCUGGCAGCUAAUCGAGGAAACGUACAGGUCUUUCCCGAAUCUGAUCAUCAAGACCAGAGAGUUACCGUGUGUGGCAAUCAGCAAUCUGUGCUUGAAGGCUUACCAGGUUUAUACCGUGGCGCUGAUGAAGGAUGGUAAGCCGGUAGCGAGAGCUCCAGACUUCAUUGAGACUCUCAGAAGACAGCGAGAACAAGCCGGAGGUUUUCGAGCUGAACGAGAAACGAAGGACCUAUUGAGGCCACCGGCCGUCCCAUCUCCGCAACAGCGACGCCUGCAACGCCCUCUACAAGGUACCUUGCCAGUUUGCGACAAUCAAGCACAAAUGUCUAUUGAUGAUCCAACUGCAUGGUCGACCGGUGGCGUCAGUGAGAACUUGCAAACAUCCUCGACAAAUGUACCAGGAGCGAGCGGGAGUUUCGAAUUUAGUCCAGGCAAUGAGAUUGAUAUCUUCGCGGAUCAAGCAAUUGACUGGUCUGAAUGGGAUGCAAUACUCGGGGAUCCGAGCUUGAUGCCGAUGCCGCUCAUGACAGAGUUCCCAGAAUAAGGCGCGAGGCGAACAUCAAUUUCCGGACCCUGAAUGGAAUAUGCAAGACACUGGACUAUCGAUGGCUCGGAAGGGGGUGCCUGGGAGAAUACCAACAUUGAUUUCGAGAUUUCAAGCUCAUUGCAACGUUAACACGAACACCUGGGCGUUUCUAGACGAACUGAUCGAUCACGACAAUGCUACAUACGAUAGAAUGGUGCAAGAUAUAUG